AUGAAUGAUGCUCAAAAAAAUAAAAAAAAAGAAAAAAUUAAUAAUUUAAUAAAUCAAAAAAAUAUUACAAAAACAAUUAAAAAAAAAUAUAUAAACUUAAGAUUUAGUAAUUCUAAAGCAAAUAUUUCUUUGAAUGAAAAUUUUCAAAAUUUAAAAAAAAGAAAGAUUUAUAAUAAUGAAGAAGGAAAAAAAAAAAAUGAGAACAGUGAAAGAAUGAAUACUUUUAAAAAUAUUUUUAAUAAUGAAAGAGAAAUUCCAAAAAAUAAUAAUAAAGUUAUAAGUAAUAAAUUAAAUUCAGUAAAUCUGGAACCCAAAGAAAUGGAAUUAGGAAAUAAUAAUAUAAAAAAAAAAAAAAAAAAAAAUUUAGUUACAAAAAGAGAAAAUUUAAACAUAAAAAUGGAAAAGGAAAUAGCCAAAAAAGAAAAAGAGUUUCCAGAUUACUCCAUAUAUAAUAAUGUGAAAAAUGAUAAUGGAAACAAGGAAAAAGAAAAGAAACUUAUAGAGAACAUUGAUAUUAUGUUAGAUAAAACUUUAAGUUGUGAAAAAGAAAAAAAAAUAAAAAAUAAUAAAAAAAAAGAAAUGAAAAAUAAGAACGAUGAAGAUUACAAAAGGGUAGAUAAUAAAAUUAUUGAAAUAUUCCCUGAAACUAACAUGAACGAGAAAAAUAUUACUACUAAUAACCUAUAUAAUAGGAAUAUCAUAAAAAAAAUUAGUGCUACAAAUCAUGGCACUUAUAUAAAUAAUAGUGUUGAUGAAUAUGAAAACGGAAAAGAUGAUUAUAAAAUCGCAGAAAACACAAAAAAUAUUUCAAACAUAAAUAAAUCAUUUUAUACUGAAAGUGAAUGUUCUUAUAUAGAAAAAAUGAAUAAAACUAAAUUAGGAUUAAAAAAUGAAUGUUUUUGUUAUUGCAGAAAAGGAAAACAGUAUAAUAAUAAUGACGAUAUUAACAAUUACUAUAAUAAUAAUGUUGAUAAUGCAAAAAGUAAAAUAGAGGAUGUAAGUAAUGAAUUAAAGAACAUGGACUGGCUGAUAUAUACUAUUAGAUAUAUGGAUUAUAGGAGAUUGAGAAGGAGAUUUAAUGGUAUAAGGAAACCUAUUUCAAAGAAAAUAGUUUUUAUAAUAACUAUAUUUUGCUUAUUAUUAAUAUCAUGGAAAUAUUUUAAAACUUCAUAUGAGAAUAAUAAAUUUACAAUUAGUGUUGAAUUUCAAACGACAUUUUUAUUUUUUGUAGAAGCUAUUGUUGUAGUAAUUGGAAUAAUAAUUUUUGCAAAAUUUCAGACUCGUCUUAGUUUACAUUGGCCUAUAUAUGCUUCUUAUAUAUUUAUUAUAUGUGCUUCUGUUAUAUUAAUAUUUUUUGAAAAAGAUAAACCAGAAAUAAAUUCUAGGGGUGAGCAUAUUUUGAUAAUAUACGGAAUUGUUCAGUUGUCAUUAAUAAUAAUAAUUAAAAUUAUAAUUUUUAUUGGUCCUCUUUUAGCUAUAUAUGGAUUUUUUUGUCCAUGCACAGAACAUUGCAGGAUCUUAAAAAAAAAAAUGUCAACCAAUAAAUUGAAUAUAACCAUAAGUCGUUAUAAUGAUUUUGCAGGAAUGUGUGGAAAUAAUUUUUGUUGUUUUUGUUUGUGUGUAUAUCGUUCUUUUUAUCGUAUUAUAAAUUGUUUUUACAAAAAAUGUUCUAAUUUACGUUUUAAAAUGACAAAAGACAAAAUUAAAGAAGCACCUUUUAGUCAUCAAUUAAGGUAUAAAGGAAAAACAGACAUUUAUGGUAGGCCACAUGGAUAUGGUGAAUGGAUAGAAGAUCAUUCUUACGGUGAAAAAUUAAGAGGAUUUUGGUUCCAUGGAUAUCCAGUUGGUCCAUUUAUUUCUCAAGAGAUAGGAAGUGGGUCCUUAUUUGUAAAUACAAGAGUUGGAUUUGCUGCAUGUGUAGGUAAAGAUUGGUCAGAUGUUAGAUACGGUGUUUCAUGUACCGAAUGUUCUAUUAGUGGUCACUUUUUUAAUGAUUUUCCUCUUACUUAUUUUUUUAAUCCAAAAAUAGAAAAGGAAGCAAAUGGAAGAUUACCAACUAAUAGAUAUGAUCUCAUUGUAAAAGAUAUAUUAAAAGAAAAUUAUGACGAUAUUUUAAGUUAUGAUUUAAGAUGGUGUUUUAAUAUGUUAAAGGUUAACAGUGGUAGUACAACUGAAUAUUUUUCCAAUAAUUGUAUGAUAUCUCUAGAUCAUGUUACUAUGAGCUUAAAAGUUCACAAUUACAAAAGAUUAAGUCCUAUUAAAAGAAGAAAUAAUGUUCUUGAUGAAAUUAAUGUAAAAUUAGUUCAUGUUCCUAAAGUGAAAAAAAAUAAAAAAAUUCAUAAAAGAGAUAAAACAAACAAAUAUGAUCAUAAACUAAAAAAUCAAGAAAAUGAUGAAUUUUUUUACAUUAAUCAAAAUAAAUUACAUAAAAAUAUCCGAAGAUUAAGUUCUACUAAUUUUCCUGAAUUAGAUAAUUCACUUCAUGAAAGUACUCAUUCAUAUUACACUAAAAAAAUUUCUGAAAAAUUAUUAGAUUCCUUAGAUGAUGAUGUUUAUUUAUAUAAAAUGAACAAAAAAUUAAAUACUACAGAAAUACAUAAAUCUCCAUAUUUUUAUGAUUACAAUGAAGAAAGCAAUAAUGAGAACAUGGAUAUAAAAAAAAAAGAAAGUCAAAACUUUCUUAGUUAUUGUAGCAAUGAAUGGAAUAUUAAUUUUGGUGACACUAGAAAAAGUAGUGAUACUGUUAAUUAUAAAAAAAAAAAUAGUGAUAAUUUCCGCAAAAAGAGACUUGAUGAUUUUAACAAUUUAAACAAUUCUUAUAAUAAUAAUAAUUAUAAUUGUGAUAGAGAUAUGUUUGAUAUUAAAUUAUGUAAAAAUAAUAAGAAUAAAUAUAAUGAAAAGAAAAAACAUUUUAUAUAUAAUAAUUCUAAUGAAAAUGAACAUUAUAAAAUUAUAGAAAAUAGUAAUAUAAAUGAAACUUAUUUAAAAAAUGAUUCUUCUAUGUCUUCAUCUUGUGUAGAUGAAAGUAAAAUAAAAAAUUUAUACUCCUCUUCAAAUGGAGAAGAGUUUGUUAUUAAUAUAAAAGGAUUUAAUAAAAUGAAUGAAAACAGAAAUUUAGAUGAAAAAAUGAAAAUAGAAAAAAAAAUUUCUUUUAACAAAAAAGAUGUAUAUAAAAUGCAAAAGAAUUUUUUAAAGAAGAGAAGAGAAAAAGGUGUUUUUUUUAGUCAAAAUGAAUAUAAUGCUUUCAUGUCAAAUGAUAAAGAAUUUGUUUUUGAUAAUGUAAUAUGUUCAAAGUUUCAGACACAAGAUAUAUUAGCAACAAAAAAACAUGGAAAUAUAGAAAAAAAAAAAAGUAACAAGGAAAUAAAAACAGAUGAAGAGAAAGAGGAAGAAACCCAUAUUUUCUUUCAACAAAAAACUGAAACUGAUGAUCUGAGUAAACGUAAAAAAGAAAAAAGGAAUAUGAAUUUUUUUAAAAUCCAUGAGGCAAAAUAUGGAAAUAAAGAAAAACUUUUGAACAAUGAAAAAAAAAAAAAGAAAGAACAAUCUCAAAGUAGGACAAAAAAUGGAAACAAAGAAAAAUUUAUGAACAGAGAAAAACAUUUAGAAGAGGUCAUAGAUUCAAAUAAAAAAAGAGACACUAAUGAGAAUAUAAAUUUAAAUUUUUUUAGUAAUGAGGAGCUCACAUUACCUAAUGAAAGUAAGUUUCAUAAAGAAACAACUAAAAAUGAAAAAUUGUUAGAAAACAAAAAUAUGUUUUUUUCCGAUAUUUUUAAAUCUUUUAUUAAUUCAAGCAUCCAAAGGAAUUCCAAAAAAAGAACUUCCAUAAAUUCAAGUGGAAUAGAUGGUAUGCCAAAUGAUAGUAAACAAAAAAAAAAAAUAUCAAGUUCGUAUAAAAUUUUAUCUAAUGUAAAAAAAAAUAGAAGAGAUUCCUUUAAUAAAACAACAAAAAAAAUUAAUAUGAAUAAAUUGAAAAAUUCUAAACAGAAAGGCCUCGUGAAAAAAAAUGUAAAACAAAAAAAAAAGAAUUCAAUAUAUAUAACCUCAAAUCAUAAAAAAUUUGAUAAAAUUCUUCGCCCCAAAUAUUCCAAAAAAAAAAAAAAUGAGCGGAUAUUAAGCUCUAUAGGGAAAAAAAUGAAAAGUUUAAAUGAACCCUUUGAUAAUUUUAAUGGCCCUAAUUUGUCACCUAAUAUAAAUAGAAAUAAAACUAUAGCUCAAGUAUUCGCAGAAGAAGAUGAAUGGGAAAAUUAUAGGCAUCAGCAUAAAGAGAAAAUUAUAAUAGAUGGUUGGCAGUCCUUAUCUUUAAAACGAAAUUUAAAUUUUAUGCCUGAUGAAAUUGUUAUAUAUAUACAUGGUUAUAAUGUUAAAUUACAUCAUGGAUGCUCUCAAUUAGCUCAUUUAGUUUCCUUUUCUAAGCUACCUUCAUAUAUUCAACCUUUUGUUUUUCAUUGGGAAGGUGCCAUGUGGGGACCGUUUUCUGCACUUUCUUAUCCUGUCGCUAAAAAAAGAUCAGAAAUGUCCAUAUUAGGAAGAUCUUUUAAAAAAUUUAUACAAGAACUUAUCAAUUUAGGUAUUAAAAAUGUUCAUUUGAUAAGCCACUCUUGUGGCUCCAGACUUUUUUUUAAUGGAUUUUCUUAUUGUGUAGAAGAUAAUUUAUUUUAUAAUGUUUUAAAAAAUGAACAAUCAAAAGUAAAAAAAGAUGAUAAUAAAAAAAAAAAAUUGGAAAAUGAAAAUGAUGACAGUAGUAAUACUUAUAGCAAUAAAUAUUCCGAUUCAAAUGCCUUGAACCAAGGUAUAAAAAAUAAUAAAAAAAAUAAACAAAUUAUAGUAAAAACUAUCAUUUUGUUAAAUCCAGAUUACCCCUUAGAUAAAUUUUUAGAAAAAGAUUUUUUUCUAUUAAGAACUCAUUGCAAUCACAUUGUAAUGUAUGGUGAUACAAGAGAUCAAGCACUGACCUAUUCAGAGACUUGGAAUAGAGAAAAGUGCCUUGGAAAAAGGAUUUUUAAAUUAAAAUUACCUUUAUACAAAAUUCAUAAUUAUGAAGAUUAUUUAAAUUUAAACACAGCAAGAAAUAAAUUAUUAACCGAAAAUUAUGAAGAAAAAUAUAAGAUGUGUGAUAGCGUUUUAUUUCCUCAUUCUACCUAUACAGAAACAAAAAUUAAGGAAAAUCAAAAAGAAAAAGGGAAAGCAGAAGAGGAAAAGGAAAAGAAAGAAAAAGAUGAAGAGAAAGAAAAAGAUGAAGAGAAAGAAAAAGAUGAAGAGAUAGAAAAAGAAAAAGAGAAAGAAAAAGAAAAAGAAAAAGAGGAAAAGGAAAAUAAAGAAAAAUUAAAUACGUCUAUUAAGAUUCCUCAAAUUAAUAAAACAAAUGCAAAUUCAUACACUUACGAUUAUAAUGAAGAUGCUUCAUUUAUUUCGGAAGAAGUUUCUCACAAUUAUUUGAAUGAAACUUUUUUGAAAACAGUAGAAUUUAGUGAUACUAGCUUAAAAGCUUUUAAAUCAAAAAGAAAAUUUAAAUUAUCUAACGCAUUUAAGCAAGUAAAAAGAAAAUGGUUAUUUAAAAAAAAAAAAACAAGUAUUUAUUUUAAUGAAAAUACAUCAUAUAAGCCUUAUUCAAUGAAAAUAAAAAAAAAGGCUUCUAGAAUACCAAAUCAAAUAUUUAUGAAAACCGAUACAGUAUAUAUAUCUUUUGAUAAAUAUGCUUGGCUAGAUAUGGAUGUAAUUGAUACCACGUUUGUUGAAACAAACGUAGAUUUUUUAAAGCAUUCUUUUUAUCAAGUAAAAAGGGAAAUAAUAGAUGAUAUAAGAGAAGUUUUGAUAUCUAAUAUAAGAGCUCACGAACGUGUAAGCAGAUUAGAUAGGAGAAGAGGUAAUGUUUUUGUACUAAGAGUUGCUCCAGCUGGUGUUGGAAGCUUACAUGGAUAA